AUGUCCUUAACUGUGCAACAAAUCGACGAAUUGAAAGCCGCCUUUGCUUCGUUUGAUAAAGACGGAAGUGGAACGAUUGAUGGAAACGAUUUGGGUCAUUUGAUGAAAACAUUAGGAGAGAACUUUAAAGGAAUCGAGCUACAGGCUUGCACGAAUCAACGCGUCGACUUUUCCACUCUUCAGCAAAUGAUCUCAAAGAAGAAUGACGAUUCGAAAAGAGAAUCCCAUCUCCGAAAGGCUUUUCAGAUGUUCGACAAGGAUCAAAACGGUUUCAUUUGUCGCGAUGAGUUACGACAAGCGAUGUUGGCUGAAGGGGAAACGAUAAAUGAAGCAGAAUUAGACAAAAUGAUGGCCGAAGCUGAUGUGAACGGAGAUGGAUUGGUGAAUUAUGAUGAGUUUAUCGGUUUCUUGUUCAAA